AUGGCACCAAAUGUAGCUGACGUGGCAAAUGCAAUCGAAAACGAACAUCCGUUUGAGGAGCCGUCUUUCAUGCGAGUUUUGGACUUGGAAGCCAUGCAUGCUCUGGAAUUUCUGGAGUAUAUGAAUGCAUAUUGGAAGGAGAAUAACUACAUCAACCAAAACCUGCUAUUGGAAACUUCAUGCAACAACAUUAACAAUAUCGACAACAACUACCACCACCAUCACCAACAACCCAAGCUCGAGAACUUCCUCGGUGGACACUCCUUCGCCGAUCAUCAUCAUGAUUAUGGUGCUAACUCAUCGGGAGACUACCUCUUCCAAAACUGCUCUCAGCCGGAAGUUACAGCAGGAGGAGGAGAAGGCUCCGCCGGCGGCACUGUUGUCGUGGCAAAAAAUCUUGUUGUCGCAGAUGGUGAAUUUGCCGUGGGUAUGGAAUUCAGUUCUAGGGAAGCUGUUAUUAGGGAGAUAAAAGAUUAUACUAUCCAAAGAGGUGUAGACUACCGGAGCAACCAUUUCUCAAGAUCAUUCGAAGCUGGAGAAGCAAUAAAGCCGUUGGUUGAGGCUGAUCCCUCCAUAAAGGUGAAAUCAGUUAUUGUGGAAGUGCAGUCGAAGUUCAAUUACACCGUCAGCUAUCGGAAAGCAUGGUUGGCUAAGCAAAAGUCAGUGGAAAAAAUAUUUGGAGGUUGGGAAGCAUCGUACGAAGCUUUGCCUAUAUGGUUUGAGGCCAUGUGUCAUAAGGAGCCAUCAGAAAUUGUCGACUUUGAGACUAUGCCUGCAUAUCAAGGCGAUGACUUGGUUACGGAUAUCCGGGUGUUGCAUCGAGUCUUCUGGAGUUAUUACCCCUAUAUUAGAGCAUUCAGACAUUGUAAAUCAGUUGUCCAAGUAGAUGAGACUCACUUGUAUGAAAAGUACAAGAGUUGUCUAUUGGUUGCAGUUUCACAGGAUGGAAACAACAAUAUCGUCCCAAUUGCAUUUGCUAUUGUGGAAGGAGAGACUACUGAUGCAUGA